CAGCAUUCAGAAACGAAAAGACCCCUCUACCUUUCAUACUGAAGCGUCAAGCGAUUUUCCUUAGAAGCAAAGCACCUUCUGAACAGCAGCUAAGAUGAUGCUGGCCAAGGUAACUCUGGCUUUUCUGUGCAUCGCAGUCUUCAUCACGGAAACUGUCUUCGCUCAGCCGGUCCAAGUUGCGGACAGUCCGCUGGUGGUCGCGGAUGAAGCAGAAGCUCCCGCGCUGUCAGCCGAUGAGUUGUCUGCGCACGAAUUUUCUUUGGAUGAAUUACCAGCACUUCGGCAGUUCUUGGAUGAAACAGCAGUGGACGACCAAAAUGAUUUUGGAGUCCAAGAAAACCCAGCAACUGUACACAACUGCAAAAAACCCAGAGUACUCCGCUAUGUGCGCGUUUGGAGAGGCGGAAAGUGGCACUACUGGAUUGAAUGUCGAAUGCCGUGAAGAAGAACCUGAUGACAGCGCUCCAAGCUGUGAAGCGUGCAUACGCUACGGAUUGUUCCAUCAACAGAAUAAUAAAUACAAAAUUUCAAGAUAAUGUGCAAUAAUAUGAACAUUCGAAGCAUUCAUUUAAAAUAAAUAAUAUAAUAAAGUACCUUUUGGCC